AUGAACGUUUCGGCCCAGCAGCAGGCGACGAGAAGCCAAAGACCAUCAACUGCAUCUCCUCGCCUUCAAGGCAACGCUCGGGCAGACCGGUCUCAAAAUGUCGCCGGACAGCCGGCAUCCGCCAAGCAGAUGAUGGCCUUCUUGGACUCUGCGGAACGUGCAGCUGCCAAACAACGGCAGCCGUCCAUAUAUCCAUCUUCUUCAGAUGCAGAGCUGAAAGCAGUUGGGCCUCAGAGCGGCUCCCCCCCGCGGCGGCAGCGGCCCAAGUCCGCCGCGCCCUUACGGACCCCCGGCGGGGCCAAAAACCCCACGACGCCACGUCAGCACGGUAAAAUAUCAUUGUACGACCACGGUACUGCAGACAGCCCUCCGCAUCAGAUUCCAGGCCCCGUCAUCCUUCGUGACCUGGACAAACCCCGACUGGGUUUCCCCACCCGGCCCCCGGAGGAGUUUCUGAAGGCGGGGGAGGGGCUGUCAGUACGGCAACGGAAUACCCUCAAGCAGCACCUCAAGCGGAACCCCGUCAAUGUCGUUCCCGUACUCUUCUCCGUACAUAUUACGACAAUGUUGGACGUACCUACCUGGCUGCCCAUCUUCAUCGACGGUGUACGGGAGUACGACGAGCCGUACAGGUUUUUGGCGAUACGGGGCUCGGAGGAGCUGCUGCUCAAGGCUGGGGACACACUCCACACAUUCGCCACCGCCCUGGUGCCUCCAAUAAAGAGCUGCCUCGAUACACGGGAACCCACUGUCGUAGCUGUCGUACUGCAACUCAUGAGCGCAGCUCUCAGCACUGACCCACGGGUCGCUCAAGAGUGGGUGCCACAUUACUGGAUGUUUGCACAGGUCUUGAAUCUGUUUCGCUCCAGGGGUGGAGGCCUCGUGGUGGAGAUGGGCUACAACAGCCGGGCUGUAGCGAGCUGCCGCCGCCUCGCCGCCGAGUUCAUGACGGCGUUCGAGGUGGCGGGCGGAGAGCUGGCGACGGCGGCUGUACGGCGGUACUCGCCGGGCCACGACCCCGCCGUCACUGACGCCAGCAUGGCGCGUGCGGCGGCCAAGGCGGCGGCGAAGGAGGCAGAGGCUGGAAAGACACCCGGCACCUUCAAGCCCUUUACGCUGUUUUAAGGUUUUCGCAACUGGUUUUCCUUUCCCAGCUGCCCGGGUGUUAGGGUGGUUGGGGUGGUUAAGGUGGUUAACGUGGAGGCGGUGUUGUUGUAGUGGUGGUUGUGGAUUGACACAGUGGUGGUUGGGGUCUUAAACCCCGGGGACGAUGGAGGGGGGGUUGGUAGUUCGUAGUUGGUGGUUUGUGUGUGUGUGUGUGUGUCGUCCGCUGUGUACUUCGACUAGGGUGAGAUGGGGCCAGAAAGGGGGGAUGAGGGGUGAGGAAGGGGGGGAUCCAGUCCUGCCCGACCCAACGCGGAUGACUAAUACACCGUGUCUAAAUGGUCGUACUGGAGCGGCGAUGCGGCUCCGCCGCGUUCCGGGCCUUAUAAUCCUAAGCGUUCUUAACGGCGUUCUUGCCGUUAUGGCGGAAAGAGGCGUGGAACCUGUAAGGCUCGGUGAUGCGGA